AUGGCAAAGGGUCUGCAGGGCUUCUCCUUGGCCGCGCUGCUGCUGCUCUGUGCGGUGCAGGAGCUGGGGGCCCGGGCUGCGCACACCGCGGGCGCGGGGCAGCCGGGGGACCCUGGCCUGCUGCCCGGCGGGAGAGGGAAGCGUGGCUGGGUCUGGCACCAGUUCUUUGUGGUGGAGGAGGACACGGGCACGGAGCCACUGUAUGUACGGAAGAUCCACUCGGACUCGGACGAGGGGGACGGCUCCAUCAAGUACACUAUCUCUGGGGAGGGCGCAGGGACCAUCUUCCUUAUUGAUGAGAUCACAGGUGACAUCCAUGCCACCGAGCGCCUGGACCGGGAGCAGAAAACCUUCUACACACUGCGGGCUCAGGCCCGUGACCGGCAGACGGACCAGCUGCUGGAGCCAGAGUCAGAGUUCAUCAUCAAGGUGCAGGACAUCAAUGACAGCGAGCCCCGCUUCCUGGAGGGGCCCUACAUCGGCAGCGUGGCUGAGCUGUCCCCCGUCGGCACCUCUGUGAUGCAGGUGAUGGCCUCUGAUGCUGAUGACCCCACCUACGGGAGCAGUGCCCGGGUAGUCUACAGCGUGCUGGAGGGUGAGCAGCACUUCACUGUGGACAGUAAAACAGGUGUGAUCCGCACGGCCGUGGCGGACCAGGACCGCGAGACCCGGGACCGCUACGAGGUGGUGAUCCGCGCCACGGACAUGGCGGGGCAGCUGGGCGGCCUGUCGGGAUCCACCACCGUCACCAUCGUCGUCACCGAUGUCAAUGACAACCCCCCGCGCUUCCCGCAGAAGAUGUAUCAGUUCAGCGUUGUUGAAACUGCCCCUGUGGGCACUGCCAUCGGGAGGGUGAAGGCAGAAGACUCUGACGUUGGGGAGAACACAGACAUGACAUAUCAGGUGAAGGAUGAGGAAGGGGUGGAGAUGUUCAAAGUCACCACGGACAGCAAUACCCAAGAGGCUGUCAUCACGGUACAGAAGCCUCUCGACUACGAGUCGAAGAAAGUGCACACUGUCGUGGUGGAGGCCCUCAACAAGUUUGUGGACCCACGAUUUGUGGACCUGGGCACCUUCCGGGACCAGACCAUUGUGAGGGUCUCAGUGCUGGACGUCGAUGAGCCCCCUGAGUUCCAGCCCCCCUCCAACUUGAUGGAGGUCCAGGAGGACGCACAUGUUGGCUCUGUCGUGGGGGUGGUCACUGCCCUUGAUCCAGACACAGCAAACCAUCCUGUCCGGUACGCCAUCGACCGCAGCACCGACGCCGAGAGGAUCUUUGACAUCGAUGCCAACACAGGGGCCAUUGUGACAGGAAAGGUCCUGGACCGGGAGACAGCAGGGUGGCACAACAUCACUGUCCUGGCGAUGGAGGAAGAUAAUCACUCACAGGUGUCUAGAGCCUCUCUCCGUAUCCGUAUCCUGGAUGUGAAUGACAACCCACCUGAGCUCGCCACCCCCUAUGAAGCUGCUGUGUGUGAGGAUGCCAAGCCAGGCCAGCUGAUCCAGACAAUAAGCGUUGUGGACCGUGAUGAACCUCAGAGCGGUCAUCGUUUCUACUUCACACUGGCACCUGAAGCCACCAACAACCACCAUUUUUCUCUGCUGGAUAUAAAGGACAACACUGCUGCGGUGCACACCCAGAGAAUGGGCUUCAACCGGCAGGAGCAGGAUGUGUACUUGCUCCCCAUUCUGGUGGUGGACAGCGGCCCCCCGGCCCUCAGCAGCACCGGGACACUGACCAUCCGCGUCUGCGGCUGCGACAGCAGCGGGGCCAUCCAGUCCUGCAACAGCACAGCCUUCGUGGUGUCAGCCACGCUGAGCCCUGGCGCCCUCAUCGCGCUGCUGGUCUGCAUCCUCAUCCUGGUCGUGCUGGUCCUUCUGAUCCUCACCCUGAAGCGACACCACAAAAGCCACCUCACAGCCGAGGAUGAUGAGGACAUGAGAGACAAUGUCAUCAAAUACAAUGACGAAGGGGGUGGUGAGCAGGACACAGAGGCCUACGACAUGUCAGCCCUCCGCAGCCUCUAUGACUUCAGUGAGAUCAAGGGUGGAGAUGGAGGUGGGGGGCUGGGAGAGGGGGGCCCGAGUGGAAACCCGGCCUCCGAGCUCCACACCCUCCCGCAAUGGGUGCAGAGCCCAGACCUGGACUUCUCCAUGUUCAGAGACUAUAUCUGCAGGAAGGUGGAGCAGGCAGAUGAGGACCUCUCCGUGCCACCCUAUGACUCAUUCCAGACCUACGCCUUUGAGGGCUCAGGCUCCCCCGUGCCCUCCCUGAGCUCCAUCAACACCUGGUCCAGUGGCUCGGAGCAGGACUUCUCCUACCUGGGGGCCUGGGGGCCGCGUUUUCGGCAGCUGGCAGCACUCUAUGCCGGGCGCAGGGGUGAGGAGGACAGUGAGGAGUCGUAG